AUGGUAGUUGCUGCGACCACUGCUUCUUCAACCGUUGACUCCCAAGCGAGAGUUCUGCUCCACUGGAAAUCCACCCUUCAAAAUCCACACACCCAACAACUCAGUUCUUGGUCUCUUUCCAACAACGCGUGCAUGUGGUAUGGUGUCACCUGCACGGAGAGCAAUGGAGGCCCAGCUGUGAUCACUGCCAUCAAGCUACCUCGUGCGGGCUUGGUAGGUAAGCUCGACGGCCUCAACUUCUCUGCCCUCCCAUCUCUCACCCUCCUCCACCUCCGACGCAACUAUUUGUUCGGAACAAUCCCACCCAGCAUAACCACGCUUUCCGCUCUCACCUCUCUCGAUCUCUCCGAUAAUCACCUUUCCGGCAAUCUGUCCAUCACUUUUGCUAGCCUCCCCAACCUGAUUGAGAUCGAUCUCUCCUCGAACAAAUUCACAGGCAUACUGCCUCCAGAGAUUGGUCAGCUCAAGAGUCUACGUGCCCUCCGUUUAUUCGAAAACUAUCUCACUGGUCCCAUCCCCUGGGACCCUUGGUAA